CCAUUGCUGGCGAGCAGGGGGCUGGGCCUGGGCCACCAUGGGGUUGGGGGCGAGGCUGAUGCUGCCCCUGCUGAGGACCAGGACGGGGGGCUCCUGCCCCCGGAGGGGCCUCAGCCAAGACAGCCGCCCGGCCCGGGGGCUGCUCUUCCGCCAGCUGUUUGAGCCUCAGAGCUGCACGUACACCUACCUGCUGGCGGACCGGGAAUCCAGGGAGGCCGUGCUGAUUGACCCCGUCCUGGAGACCGCCCCCCGAGAUGCCCAGCUGGUCCGGGAGCUGGGGCUGCAGCUCAUCUACGCAGCCAACACCCACUGCCACGCGGACCACGUGACGGGCACGGGGCUCUUGCGCUCGCUGCUGCCCGGCUGCCGGAGCGUGAUCUCCCGCCUCAGCGGGGCCAAGGCGGACCUGCUCGUCGCCGAAGGGGACACCCUGCGCUUCGGCUGCUUCGCUCUGGAGACCCGGGCUAGCCCCGGCCAUACUCCCGGCUGCGUCACCUACGUGCUUGGGGAUCACAGCGCCGCCUUCACUGGGGACGCCCUCCUCAUCCGGGGCUGUGGCCGCACUGACUUCCAGCAAGGUUGUGCUAAGACCCUGUACCAUUCUGUACACGAGAAGAUCUUCACCCUCCCAGGGGACUGCCUGGUUUACCCUGCUCAUGACUAUAAAGGUCACACGGUCUCCACGGUGGAGGAGGAACGGACCCUGAACCCCCGGCUCACCCUGAGCCUCGAGGAGUUUGUGCAAGUGAUGGAUAACUUAAACCUCCCCAAGCCCCAGCAGAUCGACUUUGCCGUUCCUGCCAACCUGCGCUGUGGCCUUCAGGACCCCCCGCACUGAGCCGUCUCCCAAUGAGGGGUUCCCACCCCCCUUCUUCCUCCGCCACGCACCCACCCAAACUCAGGUUUUAUUUCUGUUGCACGUGAAGGGGAGCGGGGUUGGGUCUUUUAAUAAAGCUCAUUUGAUAUCUGA